AUGGAAUUUCUGCAGCGACUUGUCUCUAAAGUAAAACAAAAGUGGGGAAAAACCGACAGAGUAGUCAAACGUAAGACGGCCAGCGAACACAUGGCCGUAAUUUUGGAGUUCGUACAUAAAGUCGCGUUUCCAUUGGGACUCGAACUAACAAACGAAUGGAAGUUCAGUCUCAGAACAGCGUUUAAUGUGUUUAUGAAAUGGUUCGUCUGGUUUCUAAUCGUUUACACAAUUUACUUGGACUUCCCGUCCUUGGAGGAUGUUGUUGUGCUGGGCGGCACCACCGUACACACAAUACACACAGUCAAAUUUAUAAUUUUCAUUCUCAACCACAAAAAGUUCAUGUCGCUGCUCGAUUUCAUACUCAAAGUGUACGAAGUUAAUGUGACGGGAAACAGAGAGUGGAUCCUAGCGAACAGUGGCAAAAGAAUUUUCUAUCACUUUAACUGUGUCAUGGUCGGCACAAUGGCAGGAGCCGGUCUAUAUUCGUUUUGGCCAUGUUACGAUUUUCUAGUUAAUGGAAAUCUGACCACAGUUUCUCCAUUGGUAAUACCAUUUGUGAAUGACGAACAGCUCAGAGGGUAUUUAAUUGCAACAGCCUUAAACAUCGGCCUUGCAGUCUUCCACGUUUUUGGUACGUAUGCGAUGAAUUGCCUAUUCAUAGUGUAUGUGGACGUGUAUGAUGAACUGGUCUCACUGAUCGAGGACGAUUUUAAAAUGUUUGACGCAAUGUCUGAGAUGAAGGUUAACGACUCCAAACGCCAACUGGCGUUUAGAAAUAUAAUCAGAGAGUUAAUGGACCUAGCAAGAUACAAUGCGUACAUGAACGAACUAUUUACUGACGUUGCAAGCGUGGAAUGUGUAUGCUGCUUUAUUGGUACUGCAGCUUGCCUAUUCGGUUAUCUUGCCGUUAAUUUUACGAACGGAAUUGGCGCACUUGCGUAUUUUGCCACCGAAUUGUUUAUGGUCUGCUAUAUCGGGCAAUUGGUUGAUAACACGACUUGUAGAACGGUUAACGUAAUCAACAAUUCAAAGUGGUACAUCUACGAUGUAAAAUAUCAAAAGGACAUGCUGUUGGUCCUGGAUAUUGUUGGAAGAGUCAAACCGAUUCUAAUCAUGAAAUUGCAUCCGUUAAACUUAGAAACUUGCCUACUGAUAAUCAAGAACAUUUUCAGUUUAACGAUGUUCAUGCUACACUUUUUGGAGUGAUAUACAGGAAUUUGUCUAGUAUUUAUAAUUGGUUAAAACCAACGCAAACUCUCACGCGACUGUGGCACCGAAUGGACCUCGGAAUGGACACAAUUUUUUGCUGAGACA